AUGAAUUAUCGCGGCUCUGUCUGGCAGACGUUUCACGUGAGAAGUAAAGAUGGCCGCAAACCAUUAGGACCUCGACUCCACCUGGGGAUUCCCAAUUCGAUCAGAGAUGGAGAUCCAGAUGAAUACAAGGAGCUCAGGGCAGACAUCCAAAAAAAAACAAAAAACUCUCUUUGUGUCUCCUUGUCGCCCUUUUUAUAUCGAGAACCGUCGCUUAGUUCUGUAGACGGAGGGUCCGUGUGGGCUCUGCUGUGCGGUGUGCAGCUUUGUGUGGAUUCUGCAGAAUGUGAUGUGGUGUCCAAUGUCCUCAUUUUCUUGUGCACAAAUAUUGUUGGUGUUUGCACGCACUAUCCGGCGGAGGUGUCCCAGAGACAAGCGUUCCAGGAGACCAGGGAAUGUAUCCAGGCGCGACUCCACUCGCAGCGCGAGAACCAGCAGCAGGAACGGCUCCUGCUGUCUGUCCUGCCGCGGCAUGUUGCUAUGGAGAUGAAGGCCGAUAUCAACGCCAAGCAGGAAGAUAUGAUGUUCCACAAAAUCUAUAUACAGAAGCACGACAACGUGAGCAUCCUCUUUGCUGACAUCGAAGGGUUCACCAGUCUGGCCUCCCAGUGCACGGCGCAGGAACUGGUCAUGACGCUGAACGAACUGUUCGCCCGAUUUGACAAGUUGGCGGCGGAGAACCAUUGCCUGCGGAUCAAGAUUCUAGGUGACUGCUAUUACUGUGUGUCGGGGCUGCCGGAAGCUCGCGCCGACCACGCGCACUGCUGUGUGGAGAUGGGUCUGGAUAUGAUCGAAGCGAUCUCGCUGGUGCGGGAAGUGACAGGUGUCAACGUGAACAUGCGGGUUGGGAUCCACAGCGGGCGCGUGCACUGCGGGGUCCUGGGGCUGCGGAAGUGGCAGUUCGACGUGUGGUCCAAUGACGUCACCCUGGCCAAUCACAUGGAAGCGGGAGGCAAAGCCGGCCGUAUUCACAUCACGAAGGCGACUCUGAAUUACUUGAACGGAGAUUACGAAGUGGAGCCCGGGGCCGGCGGAGAGCGCAACCCGUAUCUGAAGAAGCACAAUAUUGAGACCUUCCUCAUCGUCCGCUGCAGCCAGAAGAGGAAAGAAGAAAAGGCGAUGAUCGCGAAGAUGAACCGUCAGAGGGCGAACUCCCUGGGGCACAACACCGCCCCCUGGGGGAUGGAGCGCAACUUCUACAACCACCUGGGGAACAACCAAGUAUCUAAGGAGAUGAAGAGGAUGGGAUUUGAAGAUCCAAAAGACAAGAACAUUCAGGAGAACAUGAACCCUGAGGAUGAAGUGGACGAGUUUUUGGGACGCGCCAUCGAUGCCCGGAGCAUUGACCGCCUGCGCUCAGAACACGUCCGCAAAAUUCUGCUCACUUUCCGUGAACCCGACCUGGAGAAGAAGUACUCCAAGCAGGUGGACGAUCGGUUCGGAGCGUACGUGGCGUGCGCGUUUAUCGUCUUCCUCUUCGUUUGUUUCGUGCAGAUCAUCAUUGUUCCUCACUCCACCUUCAUGCUGGGCUUCUAUCUCUCCUGCUUCCUCAUCCUGCUCAUUGUGCUCAUCGUCUCCCUGAUCUACUCCUGUAUCAAGCUCUGUCCAUCUCCGCUCCAGACGUUGGCUAAAAAGAUCGUCCAGUCCCGGAUUAACAGCACCGCGGUGGGAAUCUUCACCAUAAUCCUGGUCUUCCUCUCUUCAUUUGUUAACAUGUUCACGUGCAGUAAUAUGGACCUGCGGAGCUGCCUCUCUGCUGAGUACAAUGUCCCCCUUCACAAUGUCACCCCGUGUCUGGUCAGGUGCUCCGAUCUUAACUACAGCCUGACCACUGAGAACGGGUUCUGUGGGGACCCGGCCCCCAACUGCAACUUCCCGGAGUAUUUCACCUCCUGUAUCCUGCUCAGCCUCCUCGCCUGCUCCGUCUUUCUCCAGAUCAGCAGCAUCGGGAAACUCAUCCUAAUGCUGAUCAUUGACUUUGUCUACGUCAUUAUCCUGGAGAUCCCGCAGGUGGCGCUCUUUGACAAUGCAGAUCUGCUGGUGGCAGCCAAUGGGAUUGAUUUAUCCAACUCCACAAUGAACUGCACGGAUGGCGCCCCCCGGGUCACCCUGAAGAUCGCCACCCCCGUUAUCAUCAGUGUCUUCGUGCUGGCGCUCUACCUCCACGCUCAGCAGGUGGAGUCCACGGCCCGGCUGGACUUUCUGUGGAAGCUUCAGGCCACUGAGGAGAAGGAGGAGAUGGAGGAGCUCCAGGCCUAUAACCGCCGUCUCCUGCACAACAUUCUCCCUAAGGACGUGGCGGCGCACUUCCUGGCGCGGGAGAGACGCAACGACGAGCUGUACUAUCAGUCCUGCGAGUGCGUGGCCGUCAUGUUCGCUUCCAUCAGUAACUUCUCCGAAUUCUACGUAGAACUCGAGGCCAACAAUGAAGGCGUGGAGUGUCUGCGGCUCCUCAAUGAGAUCAUCGCCGACUUCGACGAGAUAAUCAGCGAGGACGAGUUCCGUCAGCUGGAGAAGAUAAAGACGAUCGGCAGCACCUACAUGGCGGCCUCAGGGCUGAACGACACCACCUACGACAAGGUCGGGAAGUCGCACAUCAAGGCGCUGGCGGAUUAUGCAAUGAGGCUGAUGGAUCAGAUGAAGUACAUCAAUGAGCACUCCUUCAACAACUUCCAGAUGAAGAUCGGACUCAACAUCGGACCUGUGGUCGCCGGCGUCAUAGGAGCUCGUAAACCGCAGUACGAUAUUUGGGGGAACACUGUAAACGUGGCGAGUCGCAUGGACAGCACUGGGGUCCCCGAGCGGAUUCAGGUGACGGCGGAUCUGCAGCAGGUCCUGGCCGCCUGUAACUACUCGCUGGAGUGCCGAGGGGUGGUCAAGGUGAAGGGCAAAGGGGAGAUGACCACCUAUUUUCUAAAUCAAGGACCCUCCAGCAGCUAGCGAGGCGGGAGAAGCUCGAGCUACCACCGUGCACUGAUACACGUCCGACAUAACCCGCCGGCGAGGAGCCAACGCGGCUGCUGAGCCGCCACACAAACCGGGAGCUCCAGUGCGGCUGACGGGUGUUUGACCAAAGAUCACACGGACUCCUGGGGGAGACGGGAAGGAGACGAGCGGAGGGCGGAAUAUUUAUUGAAAACGACUCAUUGAUUUCCUCUAUGAAGGAAGGAAUGUAUUACGGUACCAGACCGACGGCAAUGUACAUGGAUCGCUAGGACCGAAACGCGUCAGAACCGUCCUGUGGCCUUUUUUUUUCCUUGUGACCAGACCAGAGCCCACCCCAUGGGAUCCCCGAAACCCAAUACUGAUGGAUGAGGGGGCAGGAAACCGAUAUCUCCAUAUUUAUUAAUAGAGCUGGGAAGAUUCUGGUUACACGUAAACGUAAAGUGAACCCGUCGCCUGUCUCCGGCCGAGGGGGCCAUUUAUAGAGGGUUGAAAGAUUACUGCAUACAACAGUGUUCCCCAAACAGGGUGCUUCCAGCUGUUGCAAAAUUACAACUCCCAACAUGCCCGGACAGCUAGAGGCUGUCCAGGCAUGCU